CGAGCUCCACAGAAUCGGGCAAGAAUUACGACAUAUUCAGUAGAACUUCACCUACGGAACUCGUCGCCCACAAGUACUUGCAGGCUGCACUGAUAGUGGAUGAGAAUGUGGAAGCUAGACAUGGAAACGAGACUGCGCACUUUUUGUUAGUUUUGGCUAACAUAGUUUCUGGAUCGUUCCGCGACAAUUCUAUCGGGAAAAUUAAAAUUAAUUUUCUUAUCAGCCGUCUUGUCAUUAUUACUAACAAAGAGCUGGGAGUCAGCCAGGGUUCUUCAUCGGGAGAAAAGUUGGACAAAAUCAGUCAAUGGGCAAACAGAAUCAAACCAGCCGAUCGGAGCGAUCCUCUGUUUUUCGACGUGACAUCACUUGUCCAUGUUGGAGGAUUUGGAGGUUUAGCCGUAUUUGGAGGCGUGUGCUCGAGCAGAGUCACUGGUAACGUCAAUAGUUAUGCUGGUCUGCAAACAGCCGGGAUUAUUGCACACGAAGUUGGACAUGGACCUGGCUCCAAAUGUUUAGAUGAUCCUCCAAGGAUAUCUCUUCCUGGCUUUAACUACUCGGCUAAAGCGGACAGAAACCUUCCUGGCGUUUUGUUUGACGGAGAUACUCAGUGUGAAUUUCUUUAUGGCGUUGGAUGGCGACAUUGUUCUUUUGAGAAGACAAACUGUGGCUCUUUGUACUGUUCAAGAUCAUACGGCAGUUGCAACAGUAAGCUUGCUCCCCCGGCGGACGGUACAAAUUGUGGACCACGCCAUUGGUGCAUCAAGGGCAAGUGCGUUGAUAAUGGUUUGCCCAGAAUUAAUGGUGGAUGGGGUGAGUGGUCAGAAUACAGUUCUUGCAGUGAGACAUGCGGAGGAGGGGUACAGUACAGAACCAGGGCCUGCACUAAUCCACCACCUGAAAAUGGCGGUGAGAACUGCUUGGGAUCUGCAAGAGGAAAAUGGAAAAUAUGCAACUCGCAGAUUGAGUGCCCUUUGCCAUCUUAUCGAGAUCUACAAUGUAUGGAGAAACACCCGGAGAGGAGGGCCUAUUACAUUUCAAAUCCUUGUAGGCUUGCCUGCAUUCAAAAGAAUUUAGUAAGACUUUAUGGCUCAGUAGCUGAUGGAACACGAUGCACUGACCAUCCUGAAAUCUUUGACGUAUGUAUCGAAGGAAAAUGUCGGGCUGUUGGCUGCGACCAUGGUUUCGAGUCUGGAGCGAGGAAAGAUCGCUGUGGAGUUUGUGGUGGUGUCGGAGACACGUGCAUUUUGGUGAAUUCUACGUACACGAAAUUUCACACGGGAUACGGUUUUGAAAAACCAGACACCAUUAUUGUCUUACCGGUGGGAACAGCCAAUGCUAUAUUUAAGAAGAGAGGAAAAGGUUACAACAUGUUAGGUGUUAAAGAUCCUCAUACAGGCGAAUACAUCAUAAAUCUCCCCUCAUGGAGUCGAACUGUUUACUACAAUGGGACAAAAAUUGAAUACGAACAUAAAGACAACAGAUAUGAUGAUUCUAUUUUUGUAGCUGGGCCCACAAAAAUUCCCAUUGAAAUUGUGGUAUGAUAAUUUUUCCAAUCAAUGAUGUUAUUACACGUUAAUAAAAAAAAACCAAGUUUAACCAAAAGAGUAAUUGGAAACUCUUCAUGUAUAACGUAAUGAUGAUUCCUAAACGUCAAAUUCAUAAAGCUUAUAAGAUGGUUUUUAGCAAGAUCACAGUCAUAUAACAGACAAAGACAAUUAUUGGUAGAAAUAAGAGAGAUGGUAAGUUUUGAGUUCGGUAAAGAAAUAGGGAAAGAUGUUUUUCGUCUUGUCACGAGCGUGGGACAAAGAAAAAAUUCUGUCCCACGCUCGUGACAAGGCGAGAAACGUCUUUCUUUAGAGACAAUUAUUGAUAAUUAUGAUUAAAAGCUGUUUGGAAGAUAACCUCGCGCUCUUUGCAAGAAGGCACCAAGGAACCUGCUCGAGACAACAGUGGAAUCGAGUCUGAACAUGUUCAGUAGAUUUACCGUCAACUCUCAACUUUUUAUGGAUUUUGAUACUUACUUUAAUACUGUAUGGAGUUAAACUGUUCAGAUUAAUAGACUUCCUCGUGUUAAAAAAAGAAUGCAUUUUACUGUUCGCUUUUACCCUUAAAGUUUUGCCUGAGAUAUGCGCAUCUGUGUUAGACUGCAUACAUCAGUCUCUACUGGAUUUUUGUCUUUCCUCUGUUUCUCUUUCUAGUUUGUUUUUCUAUAUGAAAAAAAUCAAGGAGUGGAUUUUCACUACUACAGACCACUACUAUCUAACGAAACUGCUCAGAGAGCCUCUUUUGAAUGGGUCGUUGG